CUAGAUGUGAAUCAAUCCCAUGAUGCAACAUGUCUCCCCAGCGCCAGCUCUGACAAUGAUGGCCACACAGACUGUGCCUCCUCCCCCUUAUCAAGAGAGCCAGCAGAUGACUGCCACAGCGCAACAGCCGGCGAAAGCACAGCCCGUGCACAUCUCUACGCCCUCGGCAGCCGCCAGCACUCCCCUUCCCAGUACUCCCAUCGACCCUCAGGCGCAGCUGGAGGCUGACAAGCGGGCUGUCUACAGGCAUCCUCUAUUCCCCCUUCUGACGCUGCUGUUUGAGAAGUGUGAGCAGGCGACGCAGGGCUCCGAGUGCAUCACUUCUGCCAGCUUCGAUGUAGACAUUGAGAAUUUCGUACACCAGCAAGAACAGGAGCACAAACCAUUCUUCAGUGAUGACCCUGAGCUGGACAACCUGAUGGUAAAAGCCAUUCAGGUGCUGAGAAUUCAUCUACUGGAGUUGGAGAAGGUGAAUGAAUUGUGCAAGGACUUUUGUAACCGUUACAUCACCUGCCUCAAAACUAAGAUGCACAGUGACAACCUACUCAGGAAUGACCUUGGGGGCCCCUACUCCCCGAACCAUUCCUCCAUAAACCUACACUCGCAGGAUAUGCUGCAGAAUUCUCCCAACUCAAUGACUGCAGUAUCUGGCAACCCCCAAGGAAUUGUGGUACCUGCAUCAGCACUGCAGCAGGGGAACAUCUCCAUGACGACGGUCAACUCACAAGUUGUGUCAGGUGGAGCCCUUUACCAGCCUGUAACUAUGGUAACGUCUCAGGGCCAGGUGGUAACCCAAGCAAUCCCACAGGGGGCUAUACAGAUCCAGAACACGCAGGUUAACCUGGACCUGACCUCUCUUCUUGACAGUGAAGAUAAAAAGUCAAAGAACAAACGGGGAGUCCUGCCAAAGCAUGCCACGAAUAUCAUGCGCUCCUGGCUCUUUCAGCAUCUUAUGCACCCUUACCCGACAGAGGACGAGAAAAGGCAGAUCGCGGCACAGACCAACCUCACGCUCUUACAAGUCAACAACUGGUUUAUCAAUGCCCGGCGACGUAUUCUGCAGCCCAUGCUUGAUGCAAGCAAUCCCGAUCCGGCCCCCAAAGCAAAGAAGAUCAAGUCCCAGCACCGGCCCACUCAGAGAUUCUGGCCCAACUCCAUUGCCGCUGGCGUGCUGCAACAACAAGGAGGGAACCCCGGUACUAACCCCGAUGGCUCCAUAAAUAUGGACAACCUGCAGUCUCUCACCUCAGAUAAUGCCACCAUCGCUAUGCAGCAGGCUAUGAUGGCCGCACAUGAUGAUUCACUGGACGGGACAGAGGACGAGGAAGAGGAUGAAAUGGAGGAGGAGGAGGAGGAAGAGGAAGAGGAGGAGCUGGAGGAGGAUACCGAAGAGCUGCAGACCACAAAUGUUAGCGACCUUGGCUUGGAGCACAGUGACUCCCUCGAGUAGCACAUUGUGGUCUGGCGGUGGAGCCAGAUACCUCUGAAGAAGCCCUGCUUGCCUAAAUCGUUGGCCUGAGGAAUCGUAGAGAGAGAGCCUGGACUUCUGCCAUCAGUGCUCCACAUCCCUGAAAAGACGUCGUUCAAAUUCGACAAUGGCAACCCUUCCUGCGUGCCCCGCUCACCUGUUGCAGGAAUGGGGACACGAAGGCACAUUUAAGAGACAUGCCAAAAUGUGCAAACUGAUUAUUUAAGUGAAGGACGCAAGUUUACAAGGCACAUAUUGUGGCCAGUCGUUCCCCCUCCCACCCCCC